AUGCCUUGUCCCAAGGCUGUGUGCCCACCGGGGUUUGCUUGUACUUCGAAUACACGUCAAGGCCAGCUCUACGUUUUAGGCGGUAUGCGAUCAGACACACAAACUUCCAUAAAUAAAAUGAUGGUUUACACCGCAUCCUCAAAUCAGUGGUCCAUAGCGUCUCCCAUGGUGACCCCACGAUCUUUCUUCGCUGCUGGGAAUGUCAAUGGUAACAUCAUUGCUGUCGGUGGAAGUGGGGGCGAGUACAAUGACUCAAAAACCUCCGUGGAAUGCUAUGAUCCACAUACUGACACGUGGGAGCAAGUUCCUAAAAUGCACGUGGAGAUGUGCAGCAUUUAUGGCCAUUAUUUUAGCUGUGAUCCUUAA